CUUAAGAGAGAGAAGGCAAGAUCAACUUCACAAAUUGGGCAUUCAAGCUCAAGUGGACCACAUUCCUGGAAGCUGUUUCCUCCAUUUGUUGGUUGAUGAUCGAUAAACCACAAUUUUGCCGCACCCGAACACUGAGAAUUCGACAGAGGAUGUUAACAGCCUAUGGGCUGUAGAGAAGCAGUCCCUGCCGAUUUCACUCCCAUAACUGUAUAACUCACCCGGCCUGCACACCCUGAAGUCAUGCCUUUAGCAGAGAGAUGCUGGGGCUAGUGUUAUUGGCGAUGGUUUCUAUGGCAACAGGAGAAGACGUGCUAAACAUGUGCAUGGACGCUAAGCAUCACAAAGUCCACCCAGGACCAGAGGGGGACCUGUACCAGCAGUGUGCUCCCUGGAAGAACAAUGCCUGUUGCAUGGCUAACACCACCUCUGAGGCCCACAAUGAUCAAUCAUACCUUUACAACUUCAACUGGAACCACUGUGGCAUGAUGACGGACAAAUGCAAGAAACACUUCAUUCAGGACACAUGCUUCUACGAGUGCUCCCCCAACCUGGGGCCCUGGAUCCAAAAGGUUGACCAAAGUUGGCGUCGAGAGCGAAUCCUGUAUGUGCCCCUAUGCAAGGAGGACUGCAGUGCAUGGUGGGAAGAUUGCAAAGAUGACUACACAUGUAAAGAGAACUGGCACAAGGGCUGGGACUGGAGCACAGGAAUUAACCGCUGCCCAGCAAAUACCCACUGUCAGAAGUUUAGUGACGUAUUUCCAACUGCGCAGAGCCUGUGCGAAAAGAUCUGGUCUGACUCUUACAAAUACACCACCCACAUAAGAGGCAGUGGCCGCUGCUUGCAGAUGUGGUUCGAGUAUGGCAAAAACCCAAACCCUGAGGUGGCACAAUACUAUGCGAUACAGAUGGGCCUAGUCGGAAAGGCUUCUUCCCUCGGUCGCCCAGCUGCCCUCCUUCUCCUCACUGUAGUCCUCUCUUUGCUGUUUUCCUGAUAAAAAAUGUAUUGUACCUAGUCAAAAAUGUAUCCAUAACUUUGUGUGUAUGUGUGUGAUAUCUGCUGUAAUGGCUAUUUCAACCAUUUUCAUCACUGCAAGGCCUUUUCAUUACCAGGUAUCUGGUAAAUCAGCAUAUACUGUUUUUACAAGACCAGCUUUGUAGAACAAAUAAUGACUGCUUCUUCCUGGUAACUAAUCACUUCCUGUGUCACACGCCCUGACUGCUGCAAGACCAUUGGAGUGAAAGUGAGCUACAUCAAAGGCAGUGAUUUUUAAAGCUUGGUCAUCACUCUCACUUUAAACGCUACUGUAUGUGAGCUACAUUCUCUACAUCCUGGAAUAAGAUCUUAAUGAUCUGGCACAGCUGGCAUACACAAUUGCUGUACACCCAUUGGCUUCAGAAUGUUCAGUUCACUUUCAUUUUGUAGCCAGCUUUAAUAGCUAGGUUGACUGAUGGCAAGAUUACUCGUGGCAGGAUGCAAACAGCAGAAUCACAUUGCAAGAAAAUCCACUCAAAGCCACUUCCAUAUUCUGUGCUCAGCAAUUCCUGCUUCUGUUUUUUUGUUGUUUUUUUUUGUAUUAAUUUAUACUUUUGCCUAGUUACGAUUCCUGGAAAAAGUAUAAAAUGCAACUCCUCCAAGAUGUAAUUUUUCCAAAUCCUAAUAGGGCAUAACCUUAACAACACACCCAGACUGUUGUAGGCUUGUCUUAGACACACGCUUCCAUGCAUCAGAUGAAUUCAGAUGCUCAACUCAGGUAACUUCCUCAUUCAAAGGUAUUUAGAUAGAGUUAUUUCUACCAUGACUGUCCCAGAUUAACUUUGAUUUUGUUUCAAUUACACAUUGAAACAAAGGGGAUUCCUCAUACAACUGAGAAAUGAAUACAUUUAAAAACAAAUUACUGCAAUGUGGGGUUUUUUUGGUUUUUUUUAACCCCCAAGUGCUUUUUUGCCGUUUUUUUGUGGUCAGGUUUUCAGUGCUGUAAAUAAUUUCACCUUGUAGAGCUUACUUAACUCUUUCAGAACUAAGUAACUGUACAAUUCAACCAGCCUUAUUUAAUCAUUUCAACAGUUUCAGUGUCGUAUUAAGGAAAUAUAUCACCAAAAAAAUAACCACAUGCGACUGGUUAACUGUCUGUUAUGUAGAGUGGAAUUAUGUUCCACUAUGUUAGUUUCAAGAGUGCAGUUUUGAAAGACAAACCUAGCAAACAUGCAUUUGCAUUUUAAAACAUAACAUCUGGUACUACACUAGGUUAAAGAAAGAUCUCAGUUUGUGGGGGUUUUUUGCCUUCCAGUAAGUCUUUGACUGUUUUACUUCUUAGGCCCUUUUAUCCCAGCAGAGUCUUUGCGGAUCAAAGAAUCGUACUUGCUGCAAAACAUAUCAGUCAUUAGGGGAAGCAGCUGGUUGGUCACUAACAGGACAAAAGGCCCUGAAAGGGUGGGAACAAGUUCACUCUCCAGGUGAAAUGACCAAGGAAGUAUAAAACUAUGUGAAGCAAGGCUUACAGAGAUUUCAUUUUCUAGUCAGUGUAGUACCAGAUAUCACGUUUUAAAAUGAAAACACAUUUUUGAUAAAAAAAAAACACAAAAAAAAACAACAACACUUGAUGGAAUUAUGCAGCAGUUUUAAUUUCCAAAGUUUAAGGUAAAAGAAAGAAAAACAAAUGAAUAAAACAAUGUAUCAUGA